AUGCCUGCUCAAAGAGGACCACAUUCAUUAAGUUUUGUGCAGUGGUUCGUGCGAACUGCUGUUUUCGUUGUUUUCUAUGCCGGGCAGUCAAUUGCGCUCAAUUUUUCACAAUUCCUUAGCCUUUUAUUUCUUUGGCCACUUCAAAAUAACCUUUAUCAAAAUUAUAUUAAACAUACUCAAAUAUGUUUUGGUAUACUUCUGGUCGCCAUCAAUCAGUUCUUUGCACCUAGCAAUUUUGUUAUCACAUUGGAUAAAUCCACUAAAGAUAUUUUAAAACAAAGUUGGAACGGUGCUAAAAUAGAAUUGAAUAUGCCCGAAAGGCUUAUCUUAAUAGCGAAUCAUCAACGUAAACGAAGUUCAGUUAACAUCCAAUCAAUCGACCAUCAAUUAAAUCUGUCGCGUGUUGCAUCAACUUCUACAAUUAGGGUAUUUUCGUAUUUGGCUAAUGCUCAUGGUGCCAUAAAGAUCAUAUUAAAAGAUUCCUUGAAAUGGGGUAUGCGAUUUUUCCAAUUUAUCUUUUUGAAACGAAAUUGGACUGUUGAUAAAGGCCCAUUAUCAAAGACGUUAUCAAGUCUCUCCGCGUCCAAAGAACCUUUAUGGUUGCUUAUAUUUCCAGAAGGAACAGUGGUAUCUGAUGUGACACGUUUAACAUCCAAAAAAUUUGCUGAUAAAGUUGGACUGUCGGAUCAUGAGCAUGUAUUACUACCACGAUCCACAGGGUUACAUUUUUGUACUAGAUCAUUGCAUAAAUCAGUUGAUUAUAUAUAUGAUCUAACUAUCGGACUAGAAGGAGUGGAGAGAGGAGAAUUUCCAGAAGAGAUAUACACGUUAUUAAAAAUUUAUUUUGAGGGACGAUAUCCUCGUAAUAUACAUUUACAUAUUCGAAGAUAUGCAAUUUCAGAGAUACCGGAGGACGAUGAUAAAUUUACGGAGUGGUUAAGACAAAGAUGGUUAGAAAAGGAUGCAUUAAUGGAAGAAUUUUAUACAAAAGGACAUUUUACGGGAUAUAAUUCACCGAGGAUUGUGCCAAUGAAAUUAAAUAGUGUAUUUGAAUUAGCACAAAUUUGGUAUUUCAUCGUACCGUUAGUUCCUUUAAUGUGGUAUUUUUCUAAUAAUAUGUUUAAUAAUAAGUUCACAUCAUCUUUGAAGUGA